UCUCAGCUCGCUGCGCUCAAGAUGAACUGCAACAUUUUUGACACCACGAACCGGUCUCGCCUCCUUGCGAAACUACGUCGGAGCCACCACGUCCGCCGCACCUCGGACCGCGCGCCGCAUCAUGGAUGUCCUUUCCGGAGCGGCAAGCGUAAUAGCCGUUGUCGACAUAUCCGCCAAGGUCGCGUCGCUCUGCUUCCAGUACUCAGUUGCCGUUAAAGAUGCAAAGGCGGACAUCGAGCGCCUCUAUCGAAAGGUGACCGAUAUCAAGAAUGUCCUCGAGAAGCUCCAACAGCUUUUAGAUAAGCAAGAGAAGUCGCAGCUGUCUACGACACGCAAGACCGUGGACUCACUAAAAGAAUGCCACCAGCAGUUACAGGGGCUCAAGGGUCAACUUGAGCCUAGCGGAGGCCGUAGAGCGAUGCAGCGGGUUGGUGUCCGAGCUCUGAAAUGGCCCUUUACGAGCAAGCAAGUGGAGAAGAUGGUCGUUAGUCUUGAGCAGUACGAGCAUACUUUCAGCCUUGCGCUUCAGGUUGAUCAAACAGAGCUUAUCCUUGGUGUUGAUGACAAGUUAAACCUCGUCAACAUGAAGACUGACACACUCCUAUCGAAGAUUGAUGUAACUAGACUGCCUACUGCCAAAGGCGCUUCCUUUGACUCGCACGUAGAAGAACAUAACUCGACAUGCCUCCCAAACACCCGCACCGAGUUGCUGCGUCACAUACACGGCUGGGCAAACGACAAAAACAGCAAACCAAUAUUCUGGCUGAAUGGCGCGGCAGGCACGGGAAAGUCUACGAUUGCGCGUACUGUUGCGCGGGCCUUCGCCAACCAACAACAACUAGGAGCUAGCUUCUUCUUCAAGAGAGGCGAGGGGGAGCGCGGCAACGCCACUCGAUUCUUCACCACCAUUGCUACACAGCUGGCUCAUCGUGUAUCCGGGUUAGGGCUUGGAAUCAAGAAGGCGAUUGAAGCUGAUCCAGCUAUAUGCGAGAAGACUCUGAAGGAUCAGUUCGAGAAGCUGAUCCUCCAUCCGCUCUUAGACAUGGCACAUCCGCCAGCCUUGGUCCUACUCGUCGUAAUAGACGCGUUGGAUGAAUGCGAGCCAGACAAUGAUAUACGACUGGUCCUCCAGCUCCUUUCGCGAACGAGGGAUCUCAAGUUGGUAUCAUUGCGGGUUUUCGUAACAAGCCGACCAGAACUGCACAUCCGCCUAGGAUUCAAAGAAUUGCCUGACGGCACAUUCGAAGACCUCAUCCUGCACGAAGUUGCAGAACAAACGAUUCAACACGACAUCCGCGUCUAUUUCGAGCAUGAACUGGCACGAGUACGGAAAGAACGAUCGUUGUCCUCAGGCUGGCCGACACUGGAUCAAAUCAAGGCGCUAGUCGAACAAGCAGUCCCACUGUUCAUCUUCGCUGCUACCGCGUGUCGAUACAUUGGCGAUCGACGCGAUAAUCCUAGAAAGCGUCUGGAGAUCAUCUUGGAGUAUCAGAAGGCGAAAGUCUCCAAACUCAACGCUACGUAUCUCCCUAUCCUCAAUCAGCUGUUCGACGAUGAGGAUGAGGAAGACAGAGGAAGAUGGGCAUGCGAUUUUCAGGAUAUUGUGGGGAGUAUUGUGCUACUGGAGACUCCACUUUCUACCGCAUCGCUUGCUCGCCUCCUUCUUAUAUCCAAGGAUGACAUCAGUUGCCGACUGGAUUCCCUACACUCUGUUCUAAGCAUACCAGACCGCGAUGAUAUACCCGUGCGGCUCCUACACCUGUCGUUCCGCGAAUUCCUCGUUGAUGCUUCGAAGAAGGAGAAGAGUCCGUUCUGGGUAGAUGAAAUAGCAAGACACGAGAGGUUAGCUUCUCAUUGCCUCCAACUUAUGUCCGGCCCUAACGGCCUACAACAGAAUAUGUGCGACUUACAGCCUGGGACUUUAAGAAGCGAGGUUGAUGAAGGGAGGAUUACAAGCAAUCUGUCGCCUGAAUUGCAGUACGCUUGUCGUUACUGGGUGUAUCAUCUUAAGCAGAGCCAGCGUCUUGUUGACGACAAGGCUGCAGAUACGUUCUUCCAGAAACAUUUCCUUCACUGGCUUGAAGCGAUGAGUCUAAUCGGAGAGACGAACAAAUGUGUUUCCUUGCUGGAAGCACUUUCUACGCUAGUCAAGGCAUCAAACAGUGCUCUUUCUGCAUUUCUCCAAGACGCUCGACGAUUUACUCUUCGAUUCAGACAUGUACUGCAAAAUGCUCCUCUACAAAUAUAUUCCUCGGCUCUUAUAUUUGCCCCAGAAUCAAGUAUAGUACGGAAAGGUUUUGUAGACGAAAUGCUAGGCUCCAUUAAGUUAUUGUCAAAAAGAGAGGAGGACUGGGAUGCUUGCCGCAGCGUGCUCGAGGGCCAUACCUCCAGCGUCACCGCCGUCGCCUUCUCGCCGGACGGCCAGCUGGCGGCGACGGGGUCGUGCCGCAGCGUGCUCGAGGGCCAUACCUCCAUCGUCACCGUCGUCGCCUUCUCGCCCGACGGCCAGUAUAUCGAAACAAAUUGCGGCGAUAUUCCUUUGCACUCUCCUACUACGCUAUCGCCCUUGCCCCAAAGAGCGCAGCCGUCUCAGAUCUUUGUGCAAGACCAGUGGAUUUCAUUACACCAACAGCAGAUGCUAUGGCUUCCUUUUGAAUAUCGACCGACUUGCGCUGCAGUUUACAGAAACGCAGUUUUUUUAGGGCAUUCUUCGGGUCGUACUAACGUUACGUUCCUUAAAUUUCAUACGCAGGUCUAA